AAAAAAAAAAUAUUUUUCGUGGAUCAUGAAUUAAUGACGGUGUCGAUUAGCGUGCAAUCGUACAAUUAUGAAUAGAACACGGACCCAAGAUGGAGACUGGAGAGUGUAGAGACGGAUCGUCCACGAAAAUUAUAUCGUGUUAUUCAUGGACCGUGAACAUGUCCGUUUAAAUGUAAGAUCAUGAUGGAUUAUUUGAUAUUUUGAUACUAUCAACACUAUCGCAGGGCACAUAAUAAUAACUCGACAAUCCAUGGUUAAAUAAUUACGAUCUGAGAACACAAGAAUAGCCUCCUCACCAGCACAGGAUGACAGAACGUCGUGCAUGGUGUAUUAUUAUAUUUUUUCAUAUUAUGUAUCUCUUGGACAAUUGGACUUGGAAGUAUAUAAUCAAACGGAUACAGAAGAUGACGAUACGUUUGAAUACUGAGUAGUACAAUGGCUAGAGACAACUCAAAAAAACCAUGCUCAGAAGGCAGAAUCCGUAAACCGAUAUUGGUACCACUGUUGCAGCCAGUAUCACGUUACCCAAAGAUAUGAGAUUUAUCGCAAGCUCACAGAUAACAUUUUUAGCGUGUAUUCAGUCUGAACUCAAAGCUGAGUGUUGUAUACUCGUCUGAUACAACUCUACGCUUGUGACUCUGAAUUUCAUACAAACUCGACGUACGAAUCAAAUAAUUAAUUUUUUAUAUCCAACUGCCAAACAAUGAGUUUUUCACAAAAAGUUGGCGGAAGCAGUAUUCCUUACGUGUCACCCAUGAUUAAUACUAAAGAAUUCUCAUUAAGAGUACCCAGGAGCUCUGAUGUAAAAUAUCAAAUGAUGAAAUUCAAUAGUAACUUAAACAUUGAAUUUGACAAGUGGUCUCAUGCCAAAAUGGAGAGAGACACAAAUAAAGUAGAUGGAAAAAUUCCAGAAGAAGAUAUGCCUAAAUUUGGGGCUGGAAGUGAAUUUGGUCGUGAAGCUAGACAAGAAGCAAGGAAAAGAAGAUAUGGAGGUAACAAAAAAGUAUCAGAAUCUAGUCCUUGGACAUUGAAAGUCGGGGGGAAAAAAUUUAGGGGUGUUCGCGAAGGAGGAAUUACUGACAAUUCUUCAUAUUACUUAUUUACUCAUGGAGAAGAUGGUAUAAUCAUUGCACACAAACUAGAAGAGUGGUAUAACUUUCAACCAGUACAACGUUAUAAAACAUUAACUUCUGAAGAAGCAGAAGAAGAGUUUGGGAGGCGCAAUAAAGUUUUAAAUCAUUUUACUCUCAUGGUACAAAAGAGACUUAAAAAUGAAGAAGAAGAAGAAAUUGACGAAGAUGACAAAACUAAAGGGAAAAAAACAGCAAAAAGUCGUAAAAGCAAAGAACUCAAAAUAUCAGAAAUGGAAGAAUGGGAGGAAAGUGAAGAAGAUGAGUCUGAAGAAGAAGAACAAGACGAGGAAAAAAUUGAAAAGAAAAAGAAACAAAAACAAAAAAGCAAGGUCAAGGCUAAACCAAAAAAGAAGUCAAAAGGAUCCGAUGAAUCAGCAACUGAAGAAAGUGAUGAUGGCGAUGAAGAGGGCAGGGAGCUGGAUUAUAUAUCAGAUUCUUCAGACGAUGUAUCAGAUGAUGAAGCUAAAGUUACUAAAGAAAUGCAAGGAGUGUCAGAAGAAAAGGCAUUAAAAAGUCUGUUGACAUCAGAUGAAGAUGAAGACGAAGACGCAGAAAAGAAAGAAGAAAAUAAAGAUGAGCAAAAUAAUACUGAUGUAGAAGAAGAAGAUAAAACCAAAAAAGAAGAAAACAAACCUAAGCAAUCUUCACCAAAUAAGAAAAAAAAGAAAAACACUGACAAAAAAUCAAAAAAAGAUUCUGAUUCAGAUAGUGAUAGUUCUGUAGAUAGUUCAGAUAUAGACAGCGAGCCAAUAAGCAGAAAAAGACCAUUUAAUUUAGAUGGCUUGAAGAGCAAUGUUGGUGAUCUAAUUAGUUUGUCAGGCGAUUCAUCUAAUCAAAGCAUGGAACCUUCUCAGAAGAAAGCUAAAGUUGACUUUUCACCAGUUACUAUGUCUGAUACUCAUGGCAUAACUGAGGAGGCUGUUCGUCGAUAUUUAUCGCGAAAACCAAUAACUACUACUCAACUUGUAACUAAGUUUAAGAAUCGUUCUAAUUUAAGCUCUGAACAAUUAGUUAGGAUUAUAGCAUUAUUAUUAAAAAGAAUCAAUCCUGAAAAAAAAAUGAUAAAGAACAAAAUGUACUUGUCAUUAAAGCAUUGAAUAUCCUUACCAAAAUUAUGUUGAAUUAUACAAAUUUUUUUUUUGUACUUAAAUUGCUUAAUUUAUGCACUCGCACCAUGUUACAAGCAGCUAUAGUCAACCAACUAUCUGUUUUGGUGAUUUAAUUUGACUACCUGAUUACCUGUGUAAAGGUUAAUGGUUGUUUAUACUAUCUUAAAUUGUGAUUCAUAGUUAAAUAUUUUUUUUAUUAUUAAUUUUUUAUGAUGAUUUUAAAUUGCUUAAAAAACAACUCAAAUAACUUUUUACUCAAUAAGUAAUUACAUUGACUUCUGUAACAGUUUUCAUAUUUUUGUUAAAUCAAUGACUAAACUUGAACUGUGAAAUAGAAACUUUGUUAUCUACUUGAAAAGCCAAGAAAAAACAAUAAUAUGAAUGGUAAUGUCUUUUUGCGUAAUUAUAACAUUUUAUAAUAAAGAUGGAAAAUAUUGAUUAAUAUUUUUAAUGUAUUUUUUUUUUUUUACAUUUUAUUAAAGUGCAAAUUCUAAAUAAAUUUUUAUUUUCAAAUCAA